AUGGACGCUUCUCAUGCCCGACCUGUCAAAGACCAUGCGGAGGAUCAGCUCCCAAAUGACCAUCCUCCGAUUGGCAAAACUGCCCCCGAGAAUCAAGACAACCCGCAGACUACGGUCGAUCCACCCUCGGACCCACCUGCUCCCGAAGACCCACAGAGACCUCCCUUGAUGGAUCAGCCGUUUGAGCCUGCUAUGGAAGCUCUCGCGCAGCUCGAACGCGAAGACCCUAAACUUGCGUUUCAAGCCGCAAGAAUCGUCGGACAGUAUCGGCGCUUGUGGGAGUCAUGCACAUCGAAGCAUAUAGAGGGAAGCAAGUUGGCCAAAGCGAAUCACGGUCUACGAGAGACUCACCGACAAUUGACCGACGAGAGGAACAAAAUGCAGUCGUGUCACGAUGAGCAAAUUGCUCGGUUGCAAUUUUUUGACCAGGCACUAGAGUCAUCUCGGAUUCGAUUGUCUGAUAUUCUUAAGGAUUGGGACCGGUACUUCGAGGGGGUCCUAGCUCAGAGCACAGUGAAUGAUGGGGAGUGA